UGGUUUGCCACCAAAUUGAAUUCUGUUUUACUUUUAGGCCCCGAACAUCCAGCAAAAGUCUACAAAAUGUUUCUCGAUUUUAACGGCAAUCCCAUAGACGUGACACCCGAUAAUGUGCAGGGCUAUGAAUACGAUAAGCACGGCAUAAUGCUGCUGACCUCGUCGGAAACUGAGGCUUAUCUGCCACCCAACUGGCAUGGCACCAUCUAUGGCACCAUGGAAAUGCUCAUCAACUACCGCGACAACUUCGAUACCGAUUCUGAUCUGCUGAAAUUCCACGCCUUGCCGGCCUACGAGCCGGAGCUAGUUUGCUGCAGGAAUGUUGUCGUCGAGGUGACGGUGAUGCCCGCCGGCCAGAGCCUGCACAGCGAUGCAGAGUUUGCUGUGUACAUAGUGCACCUCUUCAAGUCCGUUACCAAUCCUGAUGGCACCGAAACCAUCGAGGCGAACACCAACUCGCUGCUCAGCAAGGAGAUUGGCACGGAGCUGAAGUUCUGCCCACACGAUAAUCACUUUCAAAUGCGCCUCAUGCAGGAGGGCAUCGAUGUAGUCUACUUGGAUGACAAGAUCUACAGGAACGGCUCUAUCUACGCCGGCUUUCAGCAUCAGCGUGUCUGCAGUCUGCUGCGCAAUCUGGAGCCUCGCUGCGUGAGGAGCCUCUCGGGUCGCCCACUGCCGCCCAUUCUGAACAGAAUCUGUCGCGGCUCAACUUAAAAGUGCUUCCAGAUUCUUCAAACUUACUUGCGCACAUUCAAACGGUUGUCUAUUGAUUGGUUUAUAUAAAUUUCAAGACUCCCCUGCA